UUUAUCAUGUAGUUUUUUGCUGAAGAUGAAACUUUGUUAGGAUCAAUAGUAUCAACGUUUUAACCUAAGUAAUUAUAUAUAUAUUACUAUUAUUUAUAGAUAAACUGGCACAUAAAAAAAUUGGAUGACAUUUGCCAUUCUAUUUAUUGCUGGUCUAAUACUUAUUAUUAUAUCCAUUCCAUUUGCCUCCUUUCUUAUACUUAAUCCUAAACCCUUUUGUUUAUUAUUCUCAGCUGGCUCCUUUAUUAUUUUAAUAUCCAUGCUUCAAAUAAUUCAACUAAAAACGCUUUUCAAUAAACUAUCUUCAUCUGUUGCCACAUUACUCUAUUUAGGAUCUCUAAUGGCUUGUCUUUAUACAGGAAUGUUUUAUAUAGGUUAUUUCUAUACUCUUGCAUUAUUAUCACUUUAAGUAACAUCUAAUUAUUAAAUCAAGAUUUCAACAUUGAUAUAUUUAACAGUAUCUCUUUUUCCAGGUGGUAAAACAGGAAUGCAUGCUGCAUUUCAGAUUAUUAAAAAACAACUCAAAAAAAUGCUCCUUAAAGAAAAAUCCUUUCUGCCAUUAUGA